GAAUAAAAACUGCACCCAACUUCCGAGGCGCCCUCAUUGCCAGCCGGACCCCAGCCUCCGACAGGUUCGGGCGCCCUGCUCGCCCCGUGCUCCGCUGCCCCCCGCCCAGCGCCCGGCCCCUCCGGCCCCACUCGCUUGCUUUCUCGGCCGUUCCGACGCCAUGGACACGUUCUGGUGGCGCGCAGCUUGGGGACUCUGCCUCGUGCAGCUGAGUUUGGCGCAGAUCGAUCUAAAUAUAACCUGCCGAUACAAAGGUGUAUUCCACGUGGAGAAGAAUGGUCGCUACAGCAUCUCGAAGACUGAGGCUGCUGACCUCUGCAAGGCCUUCAAUUGUACGCUGCCCACCAUGGCCCAGAUGGAGGCAGCCCUGCUCGCAGGGUUUGAGACCUGCAGGUACGGGUUCAUAGAUGGGCACGUGGUGAUCCCCCGGAUCCACCCCAAUUCCAUCUGUGCUGCAAACAACACGGGAGUGUACAUCCUCACAUCCAAUACCUCCCAGUAUGACACGUAUUGCUUCAAUGCUUCAGCUCCACCUGAAGAAGACUGCACAUCAGUCACAGACCUGCCCAAUACCUUUGAAGGACCAAUUACCAUAACUAUUGUUAACCGUGACGGCACCCGGUACACCAAGAAAGGGGAAUACAGAACUAACCCCGAUGACAUCAACCCCAGCACCACUCCCGAGGAGGACAUGAGCAGUGGAUCCUCCAGUGAGAGAAGCACUUCAGGGGGCUACAACAUCUUCCACACCCAUCUUCCAACCGUGUACCCGACCCCGGACCAAGAUAGUCCCUGGGUCCCCAGCAACCCAGAGACUACCCCAGCUACCACUGUGAUGAGCACUAGUGGUACAACUUCCCAAACAGCAACCAAGAGGCAAGGAGCCCAGGAUUGGUUUUCUUGGUGGUUUCAGCCAUCAGCAUCCAAGAUUCAUCUUCACACCACAACAGUAAUGGCUGCUCAGCCACUAAUGCAAGUCACCACAACAGGUACGGAUUCAAAUAUCAUCUCAGCAGGCUGGGAGGCAACUGAAGAAAAUGAAGAUGAAAGUGACAGACACCCCAGUUAUUCUGGAUCAGACAUUGAUGAUGAUGAAGAUUUUAUCUCCAGCACCAUUUCAACCACACCACGGGUUUUUAACCACCCACAACAGAACCAGGAUUGGACGCAACCGAGCCCAGGCCAUUCGAAUCCAGAAGUAUCACUUCAGACAACCACAAGGAUGACUGAUGUGGACAGAAGUAGCACCAGUGCUUAUGGAGAAAAAUGGACCCAGGAAACACACUCUUCUCUCAGUCACCAUGGAUAUCAUGAUGAAGAGGAGACCCAGCAUCCUAUAAGCACAACCCGGACACCCCCUACUAGUACAACGGAAGAAACAGCUACCCAGAAAGAGCAGUGGUUUGAGAAUGGAUGGCCUGGGGAAUAUCCCCAAAUGCCAAAAGAAGACUCUCAUUCAACAGCAGGGACAACUGCAGCCUCAGCCCGUGACAGCCAUCAAAAUCAAAGAGUGACAGUGCAGAGCCAAGAGGACCGUUCCUGGACUUAUUUCUUCGACCCAGUCUCACAUCCAAUGGGACGAGGUCAUCAAACAGAAAGAAGGAUGGAUGUGGACACCAGCCAUAGUACGACGCUUCAGCCUUCUGCAGAUCCAAACACAGGUUUGGUGGAAGAAUUGGACAGGACAGGACCUCUUUCAGUGACAACUCAGCAGAGUGCUACUCAGAGCUUCUCUACAUCGCGUGGAGGCUUGGAAGAAGACAAAGACCAUCCCGUGACUGCUACUCCAACAUCUAGCAAUAGGAAUGAUGGCACAGGUGGCAGAAGAGGUGAAAAUCUUCCUGAAGACUCAACUACUUCAGUGGAAGGUUAUACUCCUUAUUCUCCAGACACAAAUGAAUACAGAACCCUCAUCCCAGUGACCCCUGCUAAGACUGGGUCCCCUGAAGUUACUAUUGUUGGAGAUUCUACUUCUAAUGUUGAUCUUUCUUUAUCAGGAGACCAAGACUCAUCCCAUGACCCCAGCGGGACGUCCUAUACGACUCAUGGAUCCGAAUCAGCUGGGCACUCAAGUGGGAGUCAGGACCGUGGGGCAAACACAACCUCAGGUCCCAUGCGGAAACCUCAAAUUCCAGAAUGGCUGAUCAUCUUGGCAUCUCUCCUGGCCCUGGCUUUGAUUCUUGCAGUUUGCAUCGCUGUCAACAGUAGGAGAAGGUGUGGGCAGAAGAAAAAGCUGGUGAUCAACAAUGGCAAUGGCACUAUGGAGGACAGAAAGCCCAGCGGACUCAACGGAGAAGCUAGCAAGUCUCAGGAGAUGGUGCAUUUGGUGAACAAGGAGUCGACAGAGACCCCAGACCAGUUUAUGACCGCAGAUGAGAGGCGAAACCUGCAGAAUGUGGACAUGAAGAUUGGGGUGUAACACCUACUCCAUGACCUUGGAAAGAAACCAUUGUCAGAGACAUAAUCUUUACAGGGAGCUGGGACACUUCACAGAUGCGAUGUGCUACUGAUUGUUUCAUUGGGGAUCUUUUUUCAGCAUAAAAUUUUCUAUUCCUUUUUGGGUUUUUUUUUGUGUGUGUUUUGUUUCUUAAAGUCAGUUCCAAUUUAUAAAAACAGCAUUGCUUUCUGAAAUGAGGGUCCAGUUAAUAAUCGGCAAGAAUUUGACUGUCCCAGUUCCCAUCUAGAAGCCUUUCACCCCCCCUGGGGUGUGCUAUGGACGGCUUCUAGCAAAAGCCACACAUCCAUCUUCCUGGUCUUCAGCCUUCCCUCCACCCCACCGACCAGGGAACAGCCACCUGCUAAGGACAUCCCCCAGGGCUAAGAGGGAUUGGUCCCUGGGAGGAAAUUUGAAUGGGUCCAUAUUGCCCUUCCAGCAGCCCAAUCCCUGGACAUUUCUUUCCAGUGGGGUAGGGGAGGGGGAUGCACUAGUCACACAUCCCCUUCUACAGACCCCCUGGAAAAUUUUCAGAUGCUUCUGGAAAAUACCCAUACAGUGAAGCUAUUUAUCUGUGGUAAGCUAUUUAUCUGUGUUUUUGAAAUAUGAAACCCUGGAGCUCCUUUGAUCAGAAUGAUUAUUUUGUUGUUGUUACUUUGUCAGAGGCAUAAAAGGGUUUACGCUAAUUCAUAAUAAACAUCUAUACUUCUUCCACUUUAA